AAGUGAAGAUGAACUUCAGACAAUCAGGAGGACGUGGAAUCUGCAAAGUCAGAGUUUAUUGAAGGACAGAGAUGACAUGAGUGAUCCAGAACCCUGCAGAAUUAAACAGGAAGAGACUGAAGAACAAACAACCUUAAAGAGAAUGAGGAGAGGGAAGAGCAGACACUCGUAAAAGCUGGGAAAACAUCUCAUUUACUGACUGGAGGUAUUUUUUCAAUGGAAAGUGGAGACCGAAAUGAUUUUACCUGCAGUCAGUGUGGAAAGAGUUUGAGAGGCAAACAGAGUCUUAAGAUUCACAUGAGGAUCCACACUGGAGAGAAGCCAUUUACCUGUACUCAAUGUGGGAAGAGUUGCAGAGAUUUAUCAAACCAUAAUAAACACAUGCGUAUCCACACUGGAGAGAAAACACACAAAUGUGAUCAAUGUGGCAAAACAUUUUUGAGGGCUUCAGAGCUGAAGAACCAUCUUAGAGUUCACACAAAGGAGAAACCUUAUUCCUGUUCUGAGUGUGGAAAGAGUUUUACUCAGCAGACAAAUUUAAGAACACAUCAGAAGAUCCACACUGGUGUGAAAGAGUAUCUGUGCUUUGAGUGUGAGAAGACUUUUAUUACGGCUGUAGAAUUGAAACGGCAUCAGAUGAAUCACACUGGAGAGAAACCGUACAAGUGUUCACACUGCAAUAAGAGAUUCAGUCACACAGGACACCUGAAAACACAUGAGAGGAAUCACACUGGAGAGAAACCGUAUAAGUGUUCACACUGCGACAAGAGAUUCAGUCAGUCAGAAAACCUGAAAAGACAUGAGAGGAUUCACACCGGAGAGAAACCGUACAAGUGUUCACACUGCGACAAGAGAUUCAGUCAGCCAGAAAACCUGAAAAGACAUGAGAGGAUUCACACCGGAGAGAAACCGUACAAGUGUUCACACUGCGACAAGAGAUUCAGUGUGUCAGGAGACAUGAAAAGACAUGAGAGGAUUCACACUGGAGAGAAACCGUACAUGUGUUCACACUGCGACAAGAGAUUCAGUCACACAGGACACCUGAAAACACAUGAGAGGAUUCACACUGGAGAGAAACCAAACUAUAAGUGUUCACACUGCGACAAGAGAUUCAGUCAGCCAGCAAACCUGAAAACACAUGAGAGGAUUCACACUGGAGAGAAACCGUACACAUGUGAUCAGUGUCUGAAGAGUUUCGUACAGUUUAUUACUCUUAAGAAACACAUGAAAAUCCACACUGGAGAAAAGCAGCACACUUGACAUCAAUGCAGCAAAACAGUUUCUCAUCAGGAACGAGUGUUUCAUGUGUGAAUAUGAGAAAAUACAGGUGUGAGUGGGGAAAGUCUGUCCAGUUGUUUGUGUAUUUUCUCUUAUCAGUGAUUUGUUUACUCUGAGAUUCAAGAUUCUCUCCUGUUUUACUACAUUUAUUGUGUUCGACAGAAAAACCGAAUGGUGUAUUUUAAUGAUUUCAGUAUUAAAGGUCAGUAUUGAUAGACUAACACUUUAAUAAAUGUUAUAAUUGAAAACAUGAAUUUAAAUUCAUAUUCCCAAGUAGAAAUGUGUGUUUAUUUAGUUCUCUGUAUAUUAAUAAAUCAAACCCUGUUAAAUAUAAAACAAUAUAAUUUAUCAGCACAUCUACAGUAUUCUCUGUGUGUGCAGCAUGAUUCCAGCACCAUUAAAGCAUUAUAAAACAACCAGCAUAGUUAUAAAUGUAGGAUUAUUCAUCUUCGCACAUGUUUUAUCAUUUAGCAAUAGAUUGUAUUGUACUGUUUAAUCUUUGCUGUAAUUAUUUUCUAACCUGUAGACUUGAAAUAAAGUUUGGAUGAAAGAGUGAAA